AGGAUGCGGAAUAAGCUCUCUCGGUGUCAAGUUCCAAUUGUUCGUACUGGUCGCCCAUAGGAACCACUUACAGAUAAGAUCCACCUGGAGCUUGGGGUCUCGGUCCAUUAAGCACGGAACUCUCGACGCAAACGGUUGUGAUCUCUCUCGGGGUGUCGUGAUUACUUUAUUGCUCUGAUUCCGAUCCGCUGAUUAAUGCCAGUUGCAAUCAGUCUGAAUCAGUAUUAAUUCAAUCAGAGGACGUGAAAUAUGGUGGGAAAAGCGUUCCUGCUGACGUUGACGGCGCUGCUCGUCUCCUGGUCGGAGGCACAGACGUAUCGCUUCGAGGAUCCGAAAAGCCUUAAGCUUUGGUUAACCAUUAGUGCGCGCAAACGAUUCCUGGAGGUCUCCUGGCGCAAUGCACCCGCGAGGAAAGGCGACCGUGUUCUUAUCACCACUCAGGAGGCCCAUGUCUUUCAGAAACGCCUCCGUUCCGUUGGCACACCCUUGGCAGCCUUUCCCCGGGAAGAGGGUAGUGGCUCGGAAGAGGGAUCAGGGAAUUAUGUGCCCAUUAAUGGCUACACGGAUCCAAACCAAUCAGUUAACCAAGAGUUCUGGGUUGCCAACGGCGGAGAGCUGGCCGUCCUGGCUGGGCUUCAACCGAAUGUGGGUCUAUCCACGCAGUGGUUCACCACUGGAGUGCCCUUCGACUACGAACUGUCCAAGAAUGUGACGGCGCAGACCCACUGCUAUGGCUUUUGGGCCAGUUACAUUAACGAAGAGGGGGACAUCCUGGCGACAACCUGCCUCAAGGCUUAUCCCCGUUGGAUGAACGACCUUAAGUCCAAAAUAGGCGAACUCCGCCUGCGGGAUCUUUUCAUUCCCGGGACCCACGACUCCGGCUCGUAUCGGCCAAAUUUUGAUCCGCUGCUCCGCGAAAACCUGGUGACCAAGUAUGCCCUGACACAAGACGAUGACAUUCGGGGCCAGCUGAUGCAUGGAGUGCGCUAUCUGGACAUUCGAGUCGGUUACUAUCGCAAUUCCCCGGCAGUUUUCAUAUAUCAUGGGAUCACAAAGCAACGGCCGCUGCAGGAGGUCAUCAACCAGGUGCGGGACUUUGUCCACGAGACCAACGAAAUAAUCAUAUUUGGACUUAAGGAGUUUCCAAUUGGUUUUGGCAAGGGAUUGGGAGUGCAUCGCCUGCUGGUUUCCUAUCUGCGGGACCAGUUCCAGGACCUCAUAGUCCAUCCUUCGCUGAACUGGAGUGCAUCGCUUCGUGAUAUUUGGGCCCGCAAGCAGAACGUGUUCCUGGCCUACGAAAAACAGGCCAUGCUGGAUGAGUUCCCAGAGACCUUGUUUGGUCCCGUGGACCAGCGCUGGGGCAAUGUACAGACUUGGCCGCGUCUGGAGAGAUAUUUGCGCAACAUCAAUGAGUUCGAUGUAGCACGAUUAUACAGUCGUCCGAUAGCCGAUAUGGCGGAGUUGACCCCAGAGACCUGGGACGUCAUCCUGGAUAAGCAUGGCGGCCUACGCAAAAUGGCUGACAAUGUGAACUGGCGGAUUUCACUUCUCUACCGAGAUGAGUUGGGGACUCAUGCAAAUAUUGUGGCAGCGGACUUUAUACGCGGCACAACCCUAGUGGAAACGGCUAUGGAUUUCAAUCUUCGUAAGAUAUACGAAGAUGCUUCAACGUAGGAGAGUGGGUAAGGUUAGGUUUACACCUAAAAAAUCAACAGAUUUUAAAAACAUGGUCGUAAGGUGAACACACUGAAGGCAAACCACUUGAAAAAGAGGCCUUAAUUUCUUUGUGAAAUUUGGUUGCAUUCAUUUAGAUACAAUUUUAAAAUCAUUUUAAUUUUAGAGCUAUUUCUGGGACAUUCCCUGUGGCCCCU